CCUCUCACAAGUAGGCCUCUGUGGAGCAGCCCAUCCUAUUUCCUGGAGAUAUGGUCGGACAUAUGCAGCAGGAGAUUAAUGGACCAUUCCAAAAGCCCAAUACUACACACACUAACAUGUCUUCACUCGGAUUUGGGAUUGCGCAUUGGCGGCGCCGGACUACAUUUCACCACCGCAAACAGCCCCAAAUUUCCCCGCGCCGUUCUGCUAUUGUGCGCCCUAAGCGCACGGAUCAAGUUAGCCUUGGGCGGGGAAGGAAGCAGACAAUCGAAGCGAUGAGAGCCGUGGUCCAGCGCGUAGCCUCCGCGAGCGUUGAGGUUGAAGGCCGGACGGUGUCGGAGAUCGGGCCGGGCCUGCUUGUUCUCGUCGGGCUUCACGAGACCGAUGUGGAUUCCGACACCGAGUACAUAUGCCGCAAGGUGUUGAACAUGAGAUUGUUUCCCAAUGACAAGACUGGAAAAACUUGGGACCAAAUGAGUCAGUUCACGUUAUUUGGGAUUUUGAAAGGAAACAAACCAGAUUUUCAUGUUGCAAUGCCUCCGGAUGUGGCGAAACCAUUUUAUGCUUCUGUGGUCGAAAAAUUUCAGAAAGCUUACACAGUAGAUGCAGUUAAAGAUGGUGUGUUUGGAGCAAUGAUGAAAGUCAACUUGGUUAACGAUGGUCCAGUGACAAUGCAGCUUGACUCCAGGCAAUCGACAAAACCGAGUAUCACUAGGACUAAAGGGAUUUGCUGGAAAGAAAGACUCAGCCUAUCAGCAUAUAUGUUAUGGUGGUUGUGGAAAACCAGAAACAUAUGGGUAUUCAACAAAAAAUGGAUUAGUGAAAAAGAGCUAGUUGACAGGGUUAAAAAGGACUGGGGUGAAUUUUUGGCUGUGGUGGUUAGAAAGGAGAACUGUAGCUUGAAUACCUCAUCUGAUGUUGUUAAAGGAAGAGUAGGUCAGCUAAUCCUAGCUGUCAGUGCUCAUAAGGGGGAGAAUGGCAGGGUUGGACUGGGAUGUGUGCUUCAACUGGAGAAUACAACCAUUACAUCCUGGUCAUCAUGUCUGGAGGCAACCACAACAGAUGAAGAGGAAGUUGAACUAAAGGGCAUUAGGUGGGGCUUGGAGUUGGCAAUGUUGCAUGGAUGCAGGUCAUUUGGAUACUGCAUUGGCAAUAACAGACUAAUCCAAAAAUUGCUGUCUAAGUACCCCUUCCAUCCUUCUGUUCAAGACAUUGUCAAAGAUAUUCUAUAUAUUUCCUCUGAUUUAGUUGUGUGUUCUUUUUUAGUUGGUAAAAAUGUUUGUGAUCUUAGUAGAUCUUUAGCCAUGCAGGCUGUGCAAGGGGGUACUUAG